CAACUAUGUUUUUGCUAUCUAAACUUGCCAUUUUACCUAACUUCAUUCUCUCCCCUCCUCAAUAAAACCCUCCUCUUUCUCUUCCUAUUAACACAUAUCCAAACAUUUUGUGCUAGGACCACUUCCUAUCCCAACCCUCUUCACUUCCAUUUUGCAUUGUCUUCUUGCCAAGCAACCAUUUCCCAUUCAUCCCAAAGAGGCUACAACGAUGGUGAUGAGAAGCAACAUCUCUUCAUUCUCUCAUUUCUCCUUCUUUCUUUGCUCCAUUGCUCACGAACACUAGCCCAAGCUCCGGCCUUGGCUCCGGCACCACCCGGUCCCACUAAUGUCACCAAAAUCCUUGAAAAAGCCGGCCUUACCCUCUUCAUUCGCCUUCUAAAAUCCACCCAAGUCGCCAACCAGCUCUUUGGUCAGCUCAACAACACAAACAAUGGCAUUACCAUUUUUGCACCAACAGAUAAUGCUUUCUCGAGCCUUAAAUCCGGUACCUUAAACUCACUCUCCGAUGAACAAAAAGUUGAGCUGGUGCAAUUCCAUAUAAUCCCAACAUUCCUGUCAUCAACCCAAUUCCAAACUGUUAGUAACCCUUUGAGAACACAAGCUGGGGAUAGCGGUGAUGGUAAGUUUCCUCUCAAUGUCACCACCUCAGGAAACUCGGUCAAUAUAACAACAGGGCUUACAAACACCAGCGUUUCUGGCACCAUUUACACUGGUCAGCUUGCUGUUUAUCAAAUCGAGGUGCUUCAACCUUUGCAAAUAUUUGAUCCUAGCCCUCCAGCCGCACCUGCACCGUCCAAGUCCAAGAAGAAGAAGGCUGCUGCCGUUGCUGAUAGCCCUGACGAUUCCCCAGCUGACAACUCCAGAGCUGUCAGUACUCUCACAAUGCAAAAUAUAGUGUUUUGGGGAGUUAGUGCUAUAGUUGUCGCACUGUCUUUGUGACGAUGAACAAAAACAAAGUUUUGGUGGGAUUAUUAAGGGGAUAAAUUUGGGGGAUCCAUUUUAUCUUCUGGGCUAUGAUAUCCGGUGGGUUGGAUUCGAGGGUGGUGAUCAAGAUGGUGAGUGCUUCUUCUUUUUUUUUUUUUCAAUAAUUAUCAUUUAUCUUUCUGUUCUAUCCUAUUUGUAUAAUGCCAGUCUGUGAUGAGAGUCAAUUGCUAUCAAGAUUGAAUUUUGAGGUUUUUCUUCUUCUGUGUUCUUCAUUUCUUCUCUUUUUCUAUUAAGAUUUUCACUGUAAUCUCUCUUUCUUUUCCAACUCCCAUGUAAUUGUGAAUUUUGUUGCACUUCUUUGUACCA